AGCAGGCGCGUGCAAAAUUCAUGUUUAGCAUCCAAGUUAGCGCGCCGAGUGAGUGACUUUCAGCGAUCACAACAUCCGUGGCAACGCUCCACCACUGUUGAUAAGUGAUAAUUUAAAGCAUAAUUUCCUCACCUGCACGCCAGCCAUGGAGCCGGAAAAGACUCCGGAGCCUUUGACGAAGGCGGAGCUGAAAAAGCUCCGUCGGUUGGAGAAGAAACGCGAAAAGAAAUUGGCUGCGGAAGAGCUCAAAAAGAAAUGCGUCAGGGAUCAUUUGAAGCGGGAGCAAAAUUUCUCGCUGGAAACGGAAAGACGCGUGUUUAAAGACUGGGAACGCAUGUGCUCGGGUGUGAAAUAUGACCAGCUUCUGGAGGAAAUGAUGCAAAUCAAGCAGAACGUUCAGUUGGCAUUCGACCGGAAGAACAACUACAUCGAGCGGUUGUUUGGGGAUCGUGCUGAAAUCGAGGAUAUCUAUUCGAAGAACUUGCUGCGGCUGAAAAGAUUGAUCGACUGUUAUUUGGAGAUACAUCAAUACUUUGUUACUAAUUUAAGUCAGCAAUAUCAAGAGGAUACCAAAUUUCGACUUGAAGAGUUCGGUCGUGAAGUUGAACUAAAAGAGGGUCAAGCCAACGAAUGCACUCAACAGAUGGAAGGAGCCCUAAUAUCGCUCGAAGAAUCUAUGGAGCAAGGGCUUACUGAUGAUCGGAGAGAUUUCAUCAAGAAAAACGACGAAAACAUUAACUUUCAUAUUGAAAAACGGGAUAGACUACGAGAUGAAAACGUUCAACGAAUAGAACAACUCCACGAUGAAAUCAAGUCUGUAAUGGCUAACUAUGUUACCACUAUUUUCCAUCCAGAAAUGGAGAAAGCUUACCAAACUUUGUGUGACGAGGAUCAGAAAUCUCAAAAAACCAUUCAAACCAACCGUGCCAAAAUUAAAGAACACUCGCUCCGCAUAAGUCGCCUCACCAAGAAAAUCACCGAAGUGGAAAUAGCCGGAACUCGAAAAGUGAUUUCCAAAAGAUUCAUCAAACGAAAUCUCGAAGCGGAUAUCGAUACGCUAAAGAGAAAAAUCUUUCAAAUGGACGUGCAUCACCAGGCUCGGAUGAAAGAAUUAUCCUACGAGGUGUACCACGUCCAAAAGCACCUGAAUAAACUGCUGACCAAGGGAAGGCUGAUUCUGAGUCAGGCGCAAACCUGCAGCAAGUACGAAUGCGAGGACGACGUCGCAUAUUUUAAUAAACGACUGGAGCAAGGCCACGGGGCCCAGGUCGGUCCAAACGGUGGGGACCACUACCCGGCUGAGUUUGCGUUUCUGUUCGCUAAAAUCAAUCGAGUGAAGGCGAUUAACUUACUGCAGCGCGAGGAACGGGACCGGUUGCGGCUUGCCAACAGCGAACUGCAGCGUCAGUGCCAAGAGUACUUCAAGCUAAGUAGCCCCAAGGCCAAAGUUGCCCUGCUGCAGCCUGGCGUUACAAAUGCGGAGCAAUGAUGGGAUUUUUUGGUGGUUGGGUCUAGAAUGCGAUGUUGAGGAGCCAAAUGAUUAAUGUUCAUCGGAUUAGAAAACUAUAGAAACAUUGUUUUUGUGGCUUUGAACGAUUAUACAUUAUUGAAUCAAUGAGCUGAGUCAUCCAGAAAGCCCCUCCUUCGUUU